CAUGACAACAUUUUGAUAUCUAGAGAAUCCCUACAAAACAAAUAGAAACACAGGGAAGAAACUAAAAACCAAAAUUCAGGGUGUUUUAAGCCAUAACAACAUUUUUCUUCCUAUUUUAGUGUUGGAUGUUUUAUCCAAUGCUUCAUUUUCUCUUAAAAGGUUGUGCUUGGAUUCCUCCACUAACCAACAAGGACAAGAAAAUUUUCCUCAUGAGGAUUGAUGCUGCAAAAAGAAAAUAACAGUAAUACUGAGACUAAGACAGAGGAUUAACACAGAAGCCAAGGCUCUUUACACUGUUCAUCUGCUCUGCUUUUCCUGCUUUUAAUGCAUUUUUUUUUUCAACAGUACAGAGAGACUGAAGAUGUGAUGGAAGGAGCUGAGCUGGUUUUUCUUGAUUAUGGCUGGACGAGAGUAGUUUGCAGGGAUCGAGCUUGAAGAUUGUGCAAUCUGGUAUGUCGUAGUGAUACUACGACGACAUUGGAAUAGGUCUUCGAAUGGGCACAGAGUAUAUUGAAAUUUAUUAUGUUUAAGGCCUGAGCGGACUGGAAUCUUCGACCUUAUGUGAAACAAUGGUCAUGCCGGCUUGAAAAAAAUGUAUGGAACAACGGCGUUUAAGCUAUUGCAGACAAUAGCCAAAACGUCAGGUGGUGGGGCGUUCUGUAUGUCUGGUCCAGUGGUACAUGCUGCUGAUAGUGAGGAUGAAGAAGAACAAGAAUUUAAUGUGAUUGCGGGGGAAGGGGAGAGGGCUUUCCGCAAUGGGGAUUUCUACUGGGGAUCCUGCCUGGAAAAUUUACCAGAUGGGGUUGGGAAAUACUUGUGGGCAAAUGGGUGCAUGUAUGAAGGUGAGUGGUAUAAGGGGAAGAACACAGGCAAAGGCAAGAUUUCUUGGCCUUCAGGAGCAACUUAUGAAGGAGAUUUCAAGGCCGGUUUCAUGGAUGGGAUUGGAACAUACACUGGUGUGGAUGGUUCCACUUACAAGGGUCAGUGGGUGAUGAAUGAGAAGCAUGGCUAUGGCCAGAAGCUUUAUGCGAAUGGAGAUUUCUAUGAUGGGUACUGGAAACAUGGUGUUCCAGAUGGGAGAGGAAGGUAUGUUUGGGGAAAAGGGAAUGAAUAUGAAGGGGAAUGGAAGGGGGGUCUUAUGUGUGGGCAUGGGACCUUGACAUGGGUUAGUGGAGAUAAGUACGAGGGCGAGUGGCUUGAUGGGCUUGAACAUGGGGAAGGUGUAUAUACAUGGGCAGAUGGUAGCAUUUGUGUUGGAAUUUGGAACAAGGAUAGGAAGGAUUGUAAGGGGAAGUUUUAUCCCAAGUCUGCCUUAUCGGCAGCCUCAAGUUGGGAUAGUAGAGAAGAUAUCGAUAGCUGCAAUGGUGAUAUGGAAUCUCAUAAGGAUAAAGGUUCAUACAUAUUGGCUUGCGAAACAGUUGCCCAGAAUCCAUCAGAUAAAAUCACACAAAAUAAUAUCCAGCGCCGGUUGCAGAAACAUCGAAAUUUAUCUGUUGAUGGAUCCAAAAGUUCCAUCGCCGAUAAGCCCUUUGAUAGUAUAUGCACCUGGGAUUCAGACAGUGAUUCAACGACCAAUUGCUGUGACUCACUUGAUUCAGCACGGGAAAGAAGCAGUAAAUCGCUGCGGGAUAAAAAUGUGUUUUCAGCAAUAGAAAGAGAAUUCAGUGAGGUUUGUCUUGAUGAGCUCAAUAAAGAACAUGCUGCAUCAAGAGCUUCAAGGAGAAGAAGAUCAAAGCGGCAGCUGAAGGAGGUAAAGAGACCUGGGGAAGCUAUUUCCAAGGGGCACAGAAAUUAUGAGUUGAUGCUAAACUUACAAUUGGGAAUCAGGUAUACUGUAGGGAGGAUAACACCGGAACCAACCCGUGAAAUUUCCCUUGGUGAUUUUGGUCCCAAAGCUCGAAUAUGGAUGAGGUUCCCUCCAGAGGGAUCUAAAUUUACCCCUCCUCACCAGUCUGUUGAAUUUAGAUGGAAGGAUUACUGCCCUAUGGUUUUUAGGAAUCUGCGAGAGUUGUUCAAGAUUGAUGUUGCGGAAUAUAUGCUUUCGAUAUGUGGAAAUGAUGCACUUCGGGAGCUUUCAUCCCCAGGGAAAAGUGGGAGCGUAUUCUAUCUCUCUCAUGAUGACCGCUUUAUGAUAAAGACAAUGAAAAAAUCUGAAGUCAAGGUGCUUCUUGAAAUGUUGCCAGACUACUAUAAUCAUGUUCGUACAUACGAGAGCACUUUAAUCACAAAAUUCUUUGGUCUACACAGCAUAAAAGCAGCAGGUCAAAAGAUCCGUUUUGUGGUAAUGGGGAAUAUGUUAUGCUCGGAUCUCUACAUUCAUAGGCGUUAUGAUUUAAAAGGCUCGUCUCAGGGUCGUUCAACAGACAAAGUGGAAAUUGACGAAACAACUACUCUCAAGGAUCUUGACUUGGACUUUGUGUUUCAUCUUGAACCACUUUGGUACCAGGCUCUACUCAAACAAAUACAAUUUGACUGUGAGUUCUUGGAGUCACAGAGAAUAAUGGACUACAGCCUCUUAUUGGGUCUUCAUUUCCAGGCCCCUCAAUAUCCUACAAUAUUUUCAGCUAGGAAGUCUGGGUCAGAGGGUGCUAUUGAUUUGAUGGCAAGCCCUAAUGAUAUGAUAUUAGAGGAUAAGUGGAAGUCUGCCGAAUGUUUGGAGUUUAUUGCUUUAGAACAUGACCAAAAUGGUGAUCUGCUGGUAUCACUUGACCUUGACAACUCUUUCAGAUCAGCACGAGGUGAAAUGAAGCCAGCCUUUGUGGAAGCACCCAGCAAAGCAGGAAUACGGUUGGGCAUAAACAUGCCUGCCAGGGCUGAACGAAGACCACCAAUCACGGAUUCUAAUUCUCAUCCAGAAGGAGAUUUGUUUGGGGAGGCGUAUGAUGUAGUUUUGCACUUCGGAAUCAUAGAUAUCCUUCAAGAUUAUGAUAUCACCAAGAGACUUGAGCAUGUCUACAAGUCCCUUCAAUUUGAUUCUCUCUCAAUAUCUGCAGUGGAUCCCAAAGCCUACUCUAAACGGUUCCAGGACUUCAUUCGCAGAACCUUUGUUGAAGAUUUGUAGGAAUGAGGAGUUUUUUCCCGACACACAAUAUCACCUUUGAGCCACAGAAAAGGAAUCAUCUAACUUGGGAGCUGUUUGGAUUCGUUUUACCUGCAACAAAGGCUUAGCAUCAAAGAUUUGAUGUGUAUAGCAUACAGUCUUACUUUGUAUGAUUACAAAUGAAUGGUUUUUCUAUUUUUCCAAAGCCCAUAUAACUGUUCAGGAUCUAAACUUGAAAAGUGAAAACCAGGCCCAAGUACCAAAAGGUGCAGAGAAGUGUCUAAAUCCCUGUAUUUUUGUCAAAUCAGUUGCCAGUAGGUCAGAAUAUUAUGACUCUGCAAACAGCUGUUUAUAGAUAUGGCAGGACUCUUGCCAUUUAUUCACCAAUCAUUCUCUUUUGAAGAUAACUAUUUCUGCGAGGGUAAAAUCCGGCAUUGAAUUUAUUUGCUACUUCGAAUACCUGGAGAGUAGUAGUUGCACACAACUUAACGGGUAUCUGGGGAGUUCCUGAAUAAAAUGUACAGAGUAUACAAUGAAAAAUUGAUAUCUGAGCUUCCUAAUUUUGCUGCAUCAAGGUUUUCCCUUUUGGCAACUGCUACACAAUUAAGUCUCACUUGUUUUUGUAUGGUAAAGAAAAUUCUGUAGCCCAUCCAUAACAAAAAAUCUAGCCAAUAUGAAUGUGAUGUCAAUGUGGGAUUUUUAUAUUUUUCACAUUAUGUAAAUAUUUGAUAUGCAAGUUAACGACAUUCAAAACAAUCACUGCAGCUUAUUUUUACA